CAUCACGCACGCAACCGCGUGACAGGGUUACGUCAUCGAAUCGGUGUCACCCGUGUCGAUACGCAACAACACAUCUACACGCAGCACCUCCGUCCGAGGCUGCACCAGGGGUGAGAGUCUUUUGUUGCAAAGAUGAGGCCCUCAACAGAUAUCGUGAGAGAGGACUCGCCGCUCCUGCACGUUGAUGAAGGGACGAAUAUGGUUACCUUCAGCCACGACGACCCGGAGGAUCCACGGAACUGGCCUUUACUGCGAAAAUGGUUGAUGGUGGCAGCAAUCAUACCUAUCGACCUCAGUGUCAGCUGGGGCGCCUCAGGGUAAAGAGACUCCGAGGGCCAUGGGUUCUUCUUGCUAAUGUGCGCCUAGUUUCUCGCCUGUAACCGGCGACUUCGCGAGAGAUAUGGAUGUGCCAGCAAAUAUCGCAACCCUAGGAUUGAGCAUGUAUAUUCUUGGACUGGCUUUUGGUCCGAUGACAUUGGCUCCACUUUCAGAGUAUUACGGACGACGACCGGUUUACAUCUUCUCGUAUGGCACUUUCCUGCUACUACUACUGGCAACUACAUAUGUUGAGAGUCUUGCACCCUUCCUGAUCUUGAGACUGUUCUCCGGGUACUUCUCGUCAACAACUAUCUCAAACUUCGGAGGGACUAUUGCGGAUCUGUGGCAUCACAAUGACACCGGACCCGCCAUGUCAUGGUUCCUGUGGGCUGCAACAGGCGGCUCGCCAACAGGCUUUGUUCUAUUCUCAUUUAUCGCGCAUGGAAGGACGUGGCAUGCAGUAUUCCGAGUCAUGUUCUUCAUCUGCCUCUCAUUCUGGAUCAUCCUGGUCAUUGCAUUGUACGCUCUUGGCGAGACGCGGCAUAGUGUCAUUCUAUUGAAGAGGGCGAAGAAGUUGAGGAAGAUCACCGGAGACGAUGAGAUCGAGGUACCGGAUGAACUGAAGCAGCGAGGACCCAAACAGCUUUUUGGCGCGGCACUUGCACGACCAUUUCGCUUCCUCGCCACCGAAGCUAUUAUCCAAUUUGGUGCGCUAUACAAUGGCUUCCUCUACGGCCUGUCCUUCCUGUUCAACGGCGCAUUUCACAUGAUUUUCGGGCCCAACGGCUACGGAUACGACACCAUUGGCAUCGGCAUUUGCUUCCUAGGCAUUGUAUUUGGCAUCUGUUUUGGCCUUCUCACAAACAUAUUUCAGGAGCGGUACUAUCAACGACAGGUUGCCAAAGCUGGUCAGCGCGACGUUCCAGAGGCGCGAGUGUAUCACGCCAGACUGGCUGCUGUGAUACUGCCCAUCUCGUUAUUGGCAUUCGCCUUUACAGCGACACCGGACAUUCACCCGUUCUUCCCGAUACUUGCAUCCGCGUUCUGGGGCUGGUCAUUUUACUGUCUCAUUCUGAUGACUCUGACAUAUACGGAAGAUGCAUACAAGACUUUUUCAGCAUCAGGUCUUGCAGGAGUUGGUUUGAUUCGCAACUUAGCUGGCGCUGGGUUCCCAUUGGUGGGGAGGAGCUUAUUCUUAGGCAUUGGCACAAGGAACGCUUGCCUUGUUCUGACGGGACUGGCUGUGCUUUUGGCGCCAAUCCCGUUCGUGUUGGAAAAGUAUGGGGUGUCACUGCGCACGCGUAGUCCUUGGGCUACAGCACACGAGGGUGAAAGUGAUAAUGAAGAGGCAUGAGACAUCACAAAGUUCGUUAUGAAGCACUGGAUCAACCAAGCUGAAUUACCAAGCGUAGCUUGCAACGAAGCAGCAAGGCAGCCGAAUACAUGCACUCUCCAACCUACAACUUGUCCCUUGUAUCCAUUUGCCUCUCAGCGAACGUACGAUACCUUCGCACAGUUUUGAUGCGCCACUGCUUUCCGAAUUUGAUGAACAGCCCGGUGGAUGCAAGCGAAAUGACAGUUAUCAACGCAAAUGUCAACAUGACAUUGUGGACUCCAACUCUCGUCACCCACGGCGUGAGUGCGAAGACGAAAAUAGUCGAGAUAAAGUUGCGAGUAAAUGUCACACCGACA